AUGGCGGCCCCAACCGAACAAAGAGAGCUGGAACUUGUAGAAAAGCUAGACUUUCGCAUUCUCGCCGUGGCCAACAACGAAGAGAAGCUACAGGAGCUCCUCGACAGGUACCUACCGGCCUUACUCCUAAAAGCAGGAAGUGAGCAUGCCUCAGUUCGCAACAAGGUUGGUCAACACAAGUCGCUAUGCCAAAGGCUUACUACAUUCAUCGAAUCACCCAGCAUCAUACUUCCAGUUACCGCUUUGCUCGAGCAGUACAAGGCCACAGGCUCACAACUCGUCAAGUAUUUCGACCUCCUCUUCAUACAACACAGUCUCGCCAGAGUAGGCGUGGUGGUACGUCGAUAUCUCAUCCGCAAGAUUCUCCCUGGUAUCGGUUCGGAUGUAAGCCCUUCAAGAGCCAGCUUGUUCAACGUCUUCCUGCGUUGUCUUCGUGACUUCAAUUUGCCUCCCAGGGGCAGCAACGAGGACGGAAAACUCCGGGAACAAAUAGGCCUUCAGGAUCCCAGAGAUGCCAACUUUGUCGCCGAGUGGUUGGGAAAGCUGCUAUUGUUGCGUAUAAAUGCACAAGGCGCCAUGACUUCCCCUGGGUUGGCCCAGAGGGAUGUCUCUUUUCUCACACUGGACAAACCCGAGACUUGGAGUCUUGCCGACUUGUCCGAGAGUCGAAUCAAAGUCGUCAACCUUCUCGCAAGCGGUGCUUUCACCGACCAAGAACGUUUCCUUCCCGCCAUCUAUGCUGCCUCGAGCUCUGAUUUCCGCCUCGCUGGUGUCGGCGAUGAUAUGCUCAAGAGAAACAAAGUGUCACUCGAAGACACAGAUAUCGUGCGCCAGCUGUUUGAGGCCCACUCAAGACUACCCGCCCCGUACAGGAUACGCAUUCUUGGCCUGCUGAGCAAGUCAGAAAUCGCUACCACCUUCACAGACGAGAUUCUGGCGGCUUUCCGCCUAGAUGUAGCCGCUACAGGUCCAGAUGCCAUGCAAGUGGAUGGCCUACCAACCUUAUCUUCCGGUCUUGAACUCACCAAGGUACAUCGGGCCUUGUUUGAGUUCAUUAACUGGGUCGCCCGCAUAGGCGCCAACAAACCAGAAUUCUCACAGAUCAGGUCUUUGCUUGUCUCACUUCUCCGGGAGUUCGUCGAGGCCCAGGGCUGGCCCAAGCCUGAACGCCAGUCUCACGAUGACAACACCCUUCGUUCCAGGGCCUACGAGACCAUUGGCGUCCUUGCAAAAGGCACGGCCAUGUCUGACACAGAGCGCAUGGUCUUGGCCCGAUGGCUGUUCCAAUCUCUGUGCGAAGAUCCCACCGCGGACGUAGUCGUCAACAUUGAUGCCGCUCUCUCCAGUCUUGCUGCGAACUUUCGACCGCCUCACAACCCCGACCUGUCUAAACAGCUCCAUGCCUUGAUACUGAAGUCAAUGGCUAAAACCGAAGAAGGCAACAUUGUUCGGAGUUCUCGACAUGCUGCAACAAAAUGGGCCAACCAAUGCUUGCCCUUCUCUGAUAUAUACGCUCGAUGGGUUGAUAUCCUUGCAGUUGCUGGCCGGCGGGACGAGCGAAGUGACGUGGUUGAAGAGGGCCAAAAGGGCUUGAACCCUUGGACGUACUACGCCAACGAAGAGAGACCUACGAAGCUGCCUGUCUGGCACGAGAUGGUGGUUGCCUUUUUCACCAAAACCAUAUCAUACGAUGGUAACCCCGACGCCGGCAUGGAUAUCGACGAAGGGUCAUCAUUCCGCAACUUCCCUGGGCAGUGCAUUCGGGCCUUCCCUGUUGCUGUCGACUAUUGCAAGCGGAUUCUCUUCCUCACUGCAUUGCAAGACUUCACCAUUGAGCCAGGCUGGGAGCGCCAGUUGAGUGCAACCGUACACUCUGAUCUUAAAACCCGGCGUGCUAUCCGUCAUCACUUGACCUCCAGUGAGCAAGGCCUAGCUGUCUCCUACCUUCUCCGUUCGGCCUUUGAUGGCAUGCUCUUGGAGGACACCGAGAUCGCAGAAGGGUGUGGACGCUGUUUCGUUGAGCUUGCUUCUUUCACGCCGAGCAGGAUCCUCGCGCCAUUGGUUCCUCGUGCUAUGGAAUUGCUUCCGCUAGUCACUUCUAACAAACGCGAGAUCCGCCCCCUUGCGUGCUCGGCGUUUGGCAUCCUGGCCGCUCAUCCGGCGAACAGCCAGGAAUCUGUCAAGAAAUCCAUGUCUACGUUGGCGGAGAUUGCCGGAAACCGAAAGACAGCCGUUGGAUCAGAGCUCAAUGCGGUCGAAGGAGCAUGGAAUGCACUUGCGCAUCUCAUUUCCAGAUCAGUGUAUUAUUCCACAGACAAGGAAAGCAAUGUCAGCAGUGGCCUUGGGGACUGGUUUCCCACCCUUGGCCAGGUGUGCUUUAACACCCUCUCGACACAGGAAGCCUUGAUAGAAGCAUACAGCCAACUCUGGACAGCAGGCGUCUGUGUGCUUCCAGAGGCAGAUGAGGAUGACAUUAUCAGAGCUUUCGUUGACCCCUUGGUUCUCCUUGCCAAGAAGGGUAACGAAAAGGCCAUUACUGCCCUUGGUCGGCUCGUAAUGUCAUUGCCUUCUAGGAAAGCAUCGUCUAAUGACGAUGAGAGCUGUGACCUUGUUGCCGUCAUUCUCGAGAGGCUGUUUGCUCUCUACGAGCUGAGACAGGCAGAGGUACACUUCACCGUGGGCGAAGCCAUCGUAGCCGCCAUCGCAUGCUGGGAUUCUGAUGUCGUCCAGCUUACGCUGAAUGUUGAAGUCAGCGGAGAUUCGUACCGCAUACCCAAGCGGCCUAGCCGGGUUACUGCGGUCUUGGAGAAGUUGCUCACCGACUGCAAGAACACCAAGCCCUCUCUCCUCAAGGCCUCCGGUAUCUGGCUCUUCUGCCUCAUCCAAUACUGCUCUCAUCUCGAAGAGGUUCAAUCCAGGUUACGUGAAUGCCAGGUAGCAUUUAUGCGCCUGCUCAGUGCUCGCGAUGAACUGGUUCAGGAGACUGCCUCCAGAGGUCUCUCACUCGUAUACGAGAAGGGAGAUGCGGCCCUCAAGGGCGAUCUCGUACGCGAUCUUGUUGCAUCGUUCACGGGAUCCGGCCCCCAGCUCAAGGUGGAUGAAGAAACUGAACUCUUCGAUGCCGGUGCGCUUCCGACUGGCGACGGCAAGUCCGUCACCUCGUACAAGGAUAUUGUCAGCCUUGCGAAUGAGGUGGGAGAUCAAAGUCUUGUCUACAAGCUCAUGUCUAUGGCGACGAACGCGGCCACGUGGUCCACCCGAUCUGCCUUUGGUCGUUUUGGACUGAGCAACAUUCUCUCUGAGUCAGAGGUUGACCCCAAGCUGUACCCGAAGCUGUAUCGGUACCGCUUUGACCCCAACCCGAACGUGCAAAAGUCCAUGAACGAUAUUUGGAAAGCUCUGGUCAAGGAUUCCAAUGCCGUCAUUGAUACGCAUUUCGAUGCUAUCAUGAAGGACCUGCUCAAGUGCAUCCUUGGCAAGGAAUGGAGAGUGCGCGAGGCAAGCUGUGCUGCCAUCAUUGAGCUGGUCGGCGGCCGACCCUUCCAGAAGUACGAGCAGUACUACAAGGACAUUUGGAUUGCGGCCUUGAAGGUCCUCGAUGAUGUUAAGGGUACUGUGAGGAAUGCUGCUUUGCACAUGUGCAUUGCUCUUUCCACCACGUUGGUCCGCCAGUUGGAAGAGUCUGGCAACACCGCGUCUGCCAGGGCCAUGAUGAACGAGGCUUUGCCGUUCUUGCUCUCAGACAAAGGAAUCGAGAGUGGUGUGAAGGAGGUCAAGCUCUUCUCUACCGACACAGUAAUCAAAAUUUGCAAGAAGGGUGGGAAGGCCCUCAACCCCUACAUCCCUACCAUAGUUACAAAUCUGCUUGGGAGCCUCACCACACUUGAGUCAGACGUUGUUAACUAUUAUUACCAACGAUUGGGGGAAGACGACAGAGACAAGAUCGACAAACUUCGCAGCGCAGAGGUUGCGCAGAGCCCGAUUACUGAGGCGAUUGAGAACAGUCUCCGGACAGUUGACGCAGAGGUCAUGGUGGAACUCGCGCCGGCGCUGGAAGAGGCUGUCAAGUCGGCUAUCGGAAUGCCAACCAGGAUCGGCUGCAGCCGCGUUUUAUCUAUCCUUGCAACUAGGCAUACUGCCAAUUUCACGCCGUACUCAGCGCGAUUCCUGCAACUGAUGGAAAAACAGGUUUUGGAUCGCAACGACCAGGUCAGCCAGGAAUAUGCGCGUGCUGCUGCAUACAUUAUCCGUGGCUGCUCAGACGACGUCAAGCUGCGCUUCUCUGAUAAGCUUCUGAGGCUCUAUCUGGAGUCGGAGGACGAGGCUAGACGCCAGAAGGUUGCCGAUGUCGUGUUGGCUCUCUCGAAGAUCUCUCCUGACCAUUUUAACGCCCUUGAGGGCAAGCUUCUGCCUUUCUCAUAUCUAGGAAAGCAUGAUACAGACGAAUACGUUCGGAAGGCAUUCCACGAGGUGUGGGACAAGCACGCAGGAAGCAGCCUGAGCGUUUCGAGAUACGUGUCCGAGAUUGCAGAGUUGGUACAACUCUCAUUAGACACGGCGCAAUGGUCACUAAAACAUGCCGGCGCCCUCGCUAUCUCGUCUGCCGUCGCAGGCAUUACCAAGGCCAGCGAUGUCACCGGUCAAGUCAACGUCGAGAACCUCAAGACCUUGUGGCCCGUCUACGACAAGGCAUUGGCCCUCAAGACAUUCCCGGGUAAAGAGAAGCUCCUCGAGCCGUUCCCUGACUUUGUCAGCAAGAGCAAGGCGAUCUGGCAAGAAGACGCCUCCUUUGGGGAGCGGCUGAAGAAGAUCGCCGUUCGCGAGGCCAAGAGGAAUAACAAUGCAUACCGGCCCCAUGCAUUCCGCUGUCUAUGGAAGUUCGCAGCCGCAAGAGAUGACUUGACUAUGCUGCCGACCAUCACAGAAAUUGUCACGCCGCACUUGGACAUGAGCAACGACGAAGACGCCAUGGAUCUCGACGAUAAGGCCAAUAUCAAUGACAGGGCAAGGGGCCUGGAUCUCAAGAGCCAGACUGCGUGGGCCGGCAUGGAAGCUAUCGCCAAGGGCUACAACCGUGCCAAGAUGCAAGAGGAUGCCAUGGGCCAGUUGAGGGACAUCGCGCUCGCUCUUGAGGAGAACGCGAAGAAGCCCGAUUUCAAGAGGCCCUAUAUCAGCCAUGCUUCCUUCGAUGCCAUCAGAAGGGCCUUUUGGUACGGAUGUUUGGUGGAGUUGCUUGAGGAAGCCUUCAACGCAGUACAUAAGGGAGGAGCUGGGUCUAUAGCAGAUACCCUUGAGGUCCUCCCAUUCUAUUUCGCAACUCUCGACCUUGACAGGGCCGACACAGGAACAGAGGACCAAAGGCUGCUGAGGGCUAAGGCUACCAUGGCGGCUAUGGUGCUCGCGAAGCUUCCCAAGGAUCAUGCCACGGCUGGUGAUGCUAGUGGCAUCGCCUUGCCAAUGGAAAUCAAGAAGAAGGUUGAGAAGGCGUUGAAUGAAGAGCGUUCGACGGAGGUACAUGGAAAGUGGACGACGUGCUUGGUUCUGCUUGAUUCUGCUUGA